UUUUUUUUGACUUCCUGAACUGAAAUUCGAGAAAUUAAUUGAAAAUUAAGCGAAAAUGGAGAGUAAUUCGGUUCGUGUGACGGGAUCUAACAAGUCGAGAAUCCUCAAAAAUGAUGUAAUUGACAAUGGGAGCGACGUAGAAGAGCUCGAAGAUGUCAUUCCAGUUCAUAUGGAUCUCAUCAAGCCUCUUACGGUGCUGAAAACUCUUGUUGAGAACGCUACUGGCACAAAAUUGGAUGGUUUCACUUUUUUAUUGCAAGAUUCACAAGAACUCGAAUCAGAGAAAAACUUGGUAGAUCAAUGUGUUCAAGGCGAAGGUUUGGUCCAAAUUAACGUUCAAAUCCUUCGAAGCGAGAAGAAAAUUAACAUUGUUGACGUUCUGAAGCCCACAGAUGACGUUCUUGCCUCAUAUGACACGAGCAGCUCUUCCGCGGGAACCAAACGAAAGCUCAACACACCGCCAAAAGGCAAAAAAUGCAUCAAAUGGAUCGUCGAUUUGGAAUUUAAGAAGCGCAUGCAACGCGUUGGCAUUCCCGAUGACCCCGUUUUAUGGGAUCACGGGCAUGUGCAACACUGGCUGCAAUGGGCGAUCAAGCAAUUCAACCUAAAAGACGUAAAAGCGGAAGAAUGGAGUAUGAACGGGGAACAACUUUGUGCUAUGAAACGCGAAACAUUCAAGAAAAAAGUCCCCAAUGACCCGAGUGACAGAUUUUGGACUCACAUUGAACUCCUGAAGAAAUGCAAAUUUGUCGCUACAGUUCAAAUGAAGGAAGAAACGCCACAAAAAUUCGAUUCUCCAUCGCCGACGUCGCAAUCCGCUCUUAAAAAACCUCGAAUAAUGAAGAUGGGACCAUCAGCAGCUCUAAGUACAGACAAAUCCAGCACAACUUCCGGGCAAAUUCAACUUUGGCAGUUUUUAUUGGAGCUCCUGACAGACAAACACAAUCGAAAUAUCAUCGAAUGGCAGGGAAAUGAGGGAGAAUUUAAACUAACAAACCCCGAAGUUGUCGCACAGCUGUGGGGCGACCGGAAAAAUAAGCCAGCGAUGAAUUACGAGAAACUUUCGAGAGCGUUGCGGUAUUAUUAUGACGGCGAUUUGAUUUCCAAAGUGCCCGGGAAGCGAUUUGUUUAUAAGUUUGUCGUGAAUUUGAAGGAACUGAUUGGAUACGAUGCCGAUGAAUUGGCGAAUUUGGUGCAGGAACCCGAUACGUUUGAGGGAGACUUGAAACAUGCGACAUUUUUUUAACAUUCAUUAAAUUUAUUUAAAUUUUUCUCUCGUUUUACAAUAAACUUCACAAUAA